CACAGGCGCAUGAGCAGGGAUCCCCCUACACUGCAGGCGCUCUCAAUGCCGCCGUGCCUGCUUCCCUUCCCGUGCACCUGCAGGGCUCCAGUGACCUGCCCACCAACAACGCUGUCUUCCGCGUCUUCUCGCCCUUCAAAUACAGCCCGCUGUACACGAGCAUGGCGGUGGGGUCGCCUGCGCGUGCCGUGGUGGUGCUGGUGGACACACUCUCCAGCCUCUCGUGGCUGCUCUGCCACUGUGCCCCCUCCUCCUGUCCUGCGCCCUCCGACAUCCUCCAGAACCGGACAGCCUUUGAGCCCUCCACCUCUGCCACGUCACGCCCUGUGCCCUGCAACUCCCCCUCCUGCCCUCAAGCCUCCUUCGGCACAGCCCAGGGGGCGCUGGUGCUAGGUGACCCUCCGCACCCCGGCAAGCUCAAAACCACGUCCUUCAUGCUCGCUGCUAACAUUUCACGCUACUACCUCAACGUGACGCAGGUGCGAGUGGGCAGCACACCCCUACCAGCCAGCGCAGCACUGGGCAGCAUGAGAGUGGAUGCGAGGGGGGGAGUGGUGGUGGACACCACCUUUCCAUACCUCGCCCUGCGCCCCCCCCUGCUGCAGCAGCUAGUGGACCUUGUCUUCUCACACCCCGAGCUUGUUCGACAAGAUGUCGAUGGCUUCACCUGCGCAUCUGUUCCCAUCAGCAAGGCCACGAACGAGACGUUCCCCCCGGUGGUCUCCCCUCCUGUCAUCUCCCCCCCUUCUCUCAUCUCGCCCCCUUCUCCCAUCUCGCCCCCUUCUCUCAUCUCGCUACCUUCACUUGUCUCCCUCCCUUCACUUGUCUCCCUCCCUUCACUUGUCUCCCUCCCUUCUCUUGUCUUCCUCCCCUCUACAACCUCGGCCCCCCUCCCCCUCCCGCCUGGCUCCCUUCUUUCUUCUCGCUCGUUCCUCUCAUCUCCCUCACCCCUCUCAUCUCCCUCACCCCUCUCAUCUCCCUCCCCCCUCUCAUCUCCCUCCCCCCUCUCAUCUCCCUCCCCCCUCUCAUCUCCCUCCCCCUCUCAUCUCCCUUCCCCCCUCUCAUCUCCCUCCCCCCUCUCAUCUCCCUCCCCACUCUCAUCUCCCUCCCCCUCUCAUCUCCCUCCCCCCUCUCAUCUCCCUCCCCCCUCUCAUCUCCCUCCCCACUCUCAUCUCCCUCCCCCUCUCAUCUCCCUCCCCCCUCUCAUCUCCCUCCCCACUCUCAUCUCCCUCCCCCCUCUCAUCUCCCUCCCCCCUCUCAUCUCCCUCCCCCUCUCAUCUCCCUCCCCCUCUCAUCUCCCUCUCCCCUCUCAUCUCCCUCCCCCCUCUCAUCUCCCUCCCCCCUCUCAUCUCCCUCCCCCCUCUCAUCUCCCUCCCCCUCUCAUCUCCCUCCCCCCUCUCAUCUCCCUCCCCCCUCUCAUCUCCCUCCCCCCUCUCAUCUCCCUCCCCCCUCUCAUCUCCCUCCCCCCUCUCAUCUCCCUCCCCACUCUCAUCUCCCUCCCCCUCUCAUCUCCCUCCCCACUCUCAUCUCCCUCCCCCCUCUCAUCUCCCUCCCCCCUCUCAUCUCCCUCCCCCCUCUCAUCUCCCUCCCCACUCUCAUCUCCCUCCCCCCUCUCAUCUCCCUCCCCCCUCUCAUCUCCCUCCCCACUCUCAUCUCCCUCCCCCCUCUCAUCUCCCUCCCCCCUCUCAUCUCCCUCCCCCCUCUCAUCUCCCUCUCCCCUCUCAUCUCCCUCCCCCCUCUCAUCUCCCUCCCCCCUCUCAUCUCCCUCCCCCCUCUCAUCUCCCUCCCCCCUCUCAUCUCCCUCCCCCCUCUCAUCUCCCUCCCCCCUCUCAUCUCCCUCCCCCCUCUCAUCUCCCUCCCCCCUCUCAUCUCCCUCCCCCCUCUCAUCUCCCUCCCCCCUCUCAUCUCCCUCCCCCCUCUCAUCUCCCUCCCCACUCUCAUCUCCCUCCCCCCUCUCAUCUCCCUCCCCCCUCUCAUCUCCCUCCCCACUCUCAUCUCCCUCCCCCCUCUCAUCUCCCUCCCCCCUCUCAUCUCCCUCCCCCCUCUCAUCUCCCUCCCCCCUCUCAUCUCCCUCCCCCCUCUCAUCUCCCUUCCCCCCUCUCAUCUCCCUCCCCCCUCUCAUCUCCCUCCCCACUCUCAUCUCCCUCCCCACUCUCAUCUCCCUCCCCCCUCUCAUCUCCCUCCCCACUCUCAUCUCCCUCCCCCCUCUCAUCUCCCUCCCCCCUCUCAUCUCCCUCCCCACUCUCAUCUCCCUCCCCCCUCUCAUCUCCCUCCCCCCUCUCAUCUCCCUCCCCCCUCUCAUCUCCCUCCCCACUCUCAUCUCCCUCCCCCCUCUCAUCUCCCUCCCCCCUCUCAUCUCUCUCCCCACUCUCAUCUCCCUCCCCACUCUCAUCUCCCUCCCCCCUCUCAUCCGCCUCCCCACUUCUCAUGGCUCUCACAUCAAAGGCCUCCUGUACCCUGCUGCAGCAGCGCCCACCUUCUGUCGCUCUGCAUUCCCUCAGAACAUUCUUGCAUGUUUCUUCCCUUAUCCUCCCCACUCCUCCCAUCUCGUCUCCACCCUUCCCGCCUUGUCUCCCCCCAUCAACUCCCUCUCCUCGUCCCUCUUCUCGUCCCUCUCCUCGUCCCUCUCCUCGUCCCUUUCCUCGCCGUCAUCACCAGGGGGCCACAGCAGCCAACCUACUGCUGUGCCUGGCAGCCCGCAAUGGCUAGCGGACCACUAUCUGUGGUUCGACCUCGCAUCUCAGAAGCUGCGCUUUAGAUCCCUCAACUGUUCCACAUGGGAGUAUCUCAACUCUACAUUGCCUCCUACCCCCACUCCUGCUGCGGCACCCUCCACUGCACCAGCUCCUUCCCCUCUCAUCCAACCUCCUGCCAUUGCCCCAACCGAUCCUCCUGUCACUGGCCCCACUCAACCCCCUGCCACCCCGCCCGUCGAGCCUCCUGCACCAACCCCCGCUGAGCCUCCUGCCAUUCCUUCUACUCAACCUCCUCCUCCACUUUCCAAUGUGCCUCCUCUGCCUACCACCACUCCGUCUUCUCCCGCUCGUGCGCCUGCAUUACCACCACCCCUUCAACCCCCUGCUGCCUUGCAACCUUCCCCAGCCUCUCCUUCUCAACCAAGCCUUCCCACUGGUGGUGGCAGUAGCAACAAUGCUAGUGCAGACUUAUCUAUCCCAUCUUCUGCCCCUAUUGUGCUUCACUUUCCACUCCCAACCAACCAUAAUGUGUGUCCCUGUUGCCCCGCUUCGCCUGCUCUCCUGUAG